AUGGAUCUGAUCAAUUCCACUGAUAACUUGCUCCAUGUCUCUACAAGAAACAAUACUCACUUUUCAAUUCCUGCCUCAAAAAUUAUCACUGCCCUUUUUUUGUUCAUGUCAUGUAUACUGGGUGCUAUCACCAAUGGUCUCUACCUGUGGGUGCUAAAAUUCAAAAUGAAAAAGAGUACGCUCUUAUUUUUUCAUCUCAUUCUUUCGUAUUUUAUUUCCACAUUGACUUUGCCAUUUUUUGGCUCUUCUUUCUUAAAAAACAAUCACUGGAUCUUUAACACGCUCAUGUGCAAGGUCAUUAACAGCACUUUAUCUAUGGGGAUGUUCUCCUCUGUUUUCUUUCUCUCGACCAUCAGUGUGGAUGGGUAUCUUCUCACCCUUCAUCCGGUGUGGUCACAGUUGCAUCGGACCCCACGCUGCACUUCCAGCAUUAUCCUGGGAGUCUGGGUCUCUACCAUUGCCCUCAGCAUGCCCUGUAUGGUUUUCAGGGGGACACGUUAUGAUCUUAAAGGAACAGUGACCUGCCAGAAUAACUAUGCUGUGUCUAGUAACUGGGAAAGCAAAAAGAUGCAAAUAUUAAGCAAACAGAUUCAUGUAGCCUGUUUUAUCUGCCGCUUCUUGCUAGGCUUCCUUCUGCCUUUCCUCAUCAUCACCUUUUGUUACAAAAGGGUAGCCAACAAGAUGAAAGAGAAGGGCCUGUUUAAAUCCAAAAAGCCCUUCAGGGUCAUGAUGACUGCCAUUAUCUCUUUCUUUGUGUGUUGGAUGCCCUACCAUGUGUACCAGAGUUUAAUUAUCACUGAGAAACAAUCGAUACUUUUAGAGUUGCUUAUGAUACAUACGGUAAUAACCACUUUUUUCAAUACUAUUUUUUCUCCCACACUCUACCUAUUUACUGGGGAGAAGUUCAAAAUGGUCUUCAAGAAGUCCAUUCUUACACUGUUUGAAUCUACAUUCAAUGAAGAGUCCUCUAAAGAAAGGACAAAAAACCUGAAUUCAAAAUCCUAA